AUGACUUCCAACAUUCCGACACUUCGCUGGGGCAUAAUUGCCACGGGGCUUAUCUCCUCAUGGUUCGUUGAGGACCUGGUAUUCGAACGUUCCGACGCCAGAGCAAACCACAUUGUUCAGUCGAUUGGUUCCUCCUCACUGGAGAAGGGCAAGGCCUUCGUAGAGAAGCAUCUCCCCGGAAAGAGCCCAACCGUCUAUGGAAGCUACGCGGAAGUCUACAACGACCCGAACGUCGACGUUAUCUAUAUCGGCACGCCUCAUGCCUUCCACAAGCAAAAUUGUCUCGACGCCAUCAACGCCGGGAAGCACGUACUCUGUGAGAAGGCCUUUACGAUCACCGCAAAGGAGGCCCGGGAAGUUUUUGAUGCUGCGAAAAAGAAGGGCGUCUUCGUCAUGGAGGCUAUGUGGACGCGCUUCUUCCCCCUCACGCGGUCGCUGCUAAGUGUCCUUCACUCGGAGAAGUUGAUCGGCGACAUCCACCGCGUCUUCUGCGACUUCGCCAUGAACAUGAAUAUCGCAUCCCUAGGUCCCGAAUCCCGUUUGAAGAACCCCGCUCUCGGUGCCGGAAGCCUUCUCGAUAUCGGCGUGUACAGCUUGACCUUUACGAUCUUGGGGCUGGACCCCGGUGUGGGCGAGAAGGCAGAAAAACCAAAGAUUGCCGCCACGCAAACGCUAUCAGACGACAUCGACAUCGCCACUUCCGCUCUUCUCCUCUAUCCUAGUGGAAAGCAGGGUAUCCUGACGGCCUCGACCCAGGUCAAAACGCCCCCAGGAUUCUGCAGAAUUGAAGGAAGUGACGGGUACGUUGUCGUUGAGGGUAUCGCUACUUCGGUUCCCGGCUCUUUCACCGUCCACUCAUCUACAGCGUCAGGCGAGGGAUGGACUGAAUCUUCGACCCCCGGCUUGAAGUCCAAGACGUUUGAUUUUGAGAGACCCGGAAAGGGCUUUUACUGGGAGGCGGACGCGGUGGCUUUGGACAUUGCCGCGGGACGUACAGAGAACGAGAUUAUGCCGUGGGCCGAGACAGUGCGUGUCUUGGAGAUUUUGGAUGAGAUCAGAAGGCAAGGUGGGGCAAGGUUUCCUCAAGAUAAUGAGUAG